UCUAUUCUUCCUUGCGGUGUGUUUAGGGAUGACGCCAUUUUCUGAAGAUUAUUUAGAAGUUUUCUGAUGACUUAGAAGCAUUUUGUUCGGUAUAUAAUCGUUGCGGACGUUAAGAUGGAGGUCGUGCGUAUUUUUAAUAAUGAGUUAUCCUCAUUAUAUGAGGUAAAACCACCCAUCUCAAAGGCAAAGAUGACUCAAAUAACAAAGAGUGCAAUCAAAGGCAUUAAAUUUUACAAGCAUAUAGUUCAGAGCGUUGAAAAAUUCAUUCAAAAGUGUCGACCAGAAUAUAAAGUUCCCGGUUUGUAUGUUGUUGAUUCUAUUGUACGACAGUCUCGUCAUCAGUUUGGUGCUGACAAAGAUGUAUUUGGACCUCGUUUUGUUAAAAACAUAACAACAACAUUUCAACACUUAUUUAAAUGUGCUGAAGAUGAUAGACCAAAAAUCAUUCGUGUAUUGAAUCUGUGGCAGAAAAAUAAUGUUUUCCCAAUUGAUGUUAUUCAACCUCUUCUAGAUAUGGGACAUCCAAAUACUUCUACAGAAUGGUCUGUUGAUACACCAGCUGAUACUGCCAAAGAAAGCACUGUAAAUAAAUCUUAUCCGGUGAAUGAAGAUAGCCAAAUAUCUCGUCAUAAAGGGUUGGAUCAAUCUUCCUGGAAGGGAUGGCCUCAAAAUAAUGAAGAAUCAGUUCCAGAAAAUCGUACUUAUGCAGAAAUGUCUACAAAGAACCUUGAAAAAUUCACCAAGGCUGAAAUGUCUAAUUCAGCAGAUGAUGAUGUUUCAAGGUCCUCGUUAUUUAAGACUCAAAUGAAAGUAGAAAAGCCACCCGAAGAAAAUACUGUCAAAUUCAACAAAAAAUUGCUAGAUUUUGAUUAUGGUGAUGAAGAAGAUGAGGAAGAAACUAAAAAUGAAGAUAGCCAUCUAUCAAAUCAGCCAAAUGCUUUGGCUCUUAGCAUGGCUCAGAAUCUUUUAUCCAAUCCAGAGCUUCUAAGACAACUUCAGCAGAUGCAACAGACUAUACAGCAAAAUGAAGCCUUGUCAUCAGAACUUGAUACACAGGCUCAAGCUCCUGUUGUUAAGUCAGAAGAUAAUGAAGUUAACUAUUCAUCUGAGGUGCACAGCAAAAGCAGUCCUCAAGCAGUAUUGUUGCCAACAUCAGCAUAUCAGCAGCCAGUUUUGUCUCAUAAUCUGCCAGUAACUCAGGCUGAGGCUGAUAAAGAUGACAGAGUAAUACCUGAACCACCCAUGCCAUCACGGGAUUUAGAUGAAAGAUCACUUGCCUCUCUUAUGGCAUCUCAUGAUAGACUGCUACCACCUAUGCAUCUUACAUCUUUUCAGCAAACGAGUGUGCCUCUAGCUUGUGAGGCAGAUAAAGACGACAGGAUAAUACCUGAAGCAGCAAUGCCACCACGGGAUUUAGAUGAAAGAUCUCUUGCCUCAAUUAUAGCCCCACCUGACAGAGGAGUGCUUCCACCAUUGCCAUUCACUGAUGCCUCUAACAUGAUGCAGUAUCAGUAUGACAAAACUAGUAUGCCGUUUCAAGCCCAACAGCCACCACUGCCUCUUAUGGAAACGAUGCCAGUAGAUGGAGCAUAUUCACAGAUCAUUCCUCCUGAUCAACAUUUAUUACAGAGUAGUCAGAUUGAUGAAGAUGAGAGAGUUAUGUAUAGCAUGCCUGGUGAACCACCACUUCCACCUCAAGAUUUUGAUGAACGGAAUGUUAUGCUUCCUGUUGAAGAAAGAAGAAAAGAAAGGUCUCGCUCACGCUCAGGUUCAAGAACAAGAGGAAGGAGUGGUAGGCAUAGAAGUCGUUCAAGGUCUCCUAGGAGGAAGAGAUCCAGAUCUAGAUCACAUUCUCGUAAAAAUCGUUCACGCUCAAGAGAGAGAGAAAGAAUUAGAGAAAAAGAGCGGGAGAGAGAACGUGAACGUGAAAGGAGGAGAAAGGGCAUUCCACCUAUCAAAAAGGGCUGUGUCAGUGUUUGCAGCACAACUUUAUGGCUUGGUCAUGUUCCGAAGUCUUGCUCUGAAGUAGAUAUUAGCGACACAUUUGGUCCCUAUGGUACUAUUUUAAGCAUAGACAUGAUUCCACCAAGAGGCUGUGCCUAUGUUGUGAUGGAUAGGCGGCAAGAUGGCUACAGGGCUUUACAGAAAUUGAAAAAUCUUAAAUUGCAUGGCAGUAGUAUAAAGAUUGCUUGGGCUCCAGGUAAAGGUGUUAAAGGCAAAGAGUAUAAAGAUUUCUGGGAAGUAGAUUUGGGUGUAAGCUAUGUACCAUAUGAGAAGAUUCCCGAAGAUGCUGAAGCUUUGGAUUUACUUGAAGAAGGAGGAUUUAUUGAUGAAGACUCUCUGCCAGAACAUUUAAGGGCUUUAAGAAAACAGCCAGAGGAGGAGAAGCAGUCGUAUGGUUCUGCUAGUAAAACUGGUCCUGAAGCUCCAGUACCCUCCUAUAAUGAUAUUCAGAUGCCACCAAAUAUGGUACCUCCACCAAUUAUGCCACCAACAUCUGUCAGUUUACCAAUGGUUUUGCCUCAUCUCAUGCAGCCUCAGUUUGGCUUACAUUUACCAGGUCUGCUUCCACCUCAAGCAAUGGUAAUGCAAAUGCCAAUGGGGAUUCCACCUCCAAAUCCUAUGCUAAUGGUUCAACAGCAGUCACAGAAUAUUUUAAGUAGCCAACCUUUGCCAAUUGUUGGUGGAGUCCCUCAAAUGGUUCCUCGAACUGUUCCUCCAGUUGCAAAUGCUUUGCAAAACCUUAAAAGCACACCACAUACAGAACCUGCUAUUGGGUCUCCUAUGGUGCCAGUGACUUCAGCUACAGUACCAGUGACCUCUGCUGCAGGUGAUGCCACUCCAACAGAAGAAGAUGGUACAAGCGUAUCUUCACCAAAUACUAUCCAUAUGUCUGUACCUGGUCCUGUAUCUAGUGCAUCUGUGCCUAUGGUAUCUACUCAACCAGGUCACUUCAAUCCAAUCCUAGGUCUGCAUAAUGCUAGUCGGCCUAUGCUUUCAGUGCCUCCACCAGUGUCUACUGCAGUCACACCUAUUCCUUAUCCUCCCCCAAAUGUGGGAUUCAAUUUCCCACCACCUGGAAUCCGGCCUCCAGCUCCAGGACAUAAUGCUGCACCCAAUACUCAGUUUCAGUGGAUGCAGAAACCGUGUGGCUCCCCAUAUACUGAUGCUGAUUCUAGCCAUUCUGCAAACUCUGCAGCAGCAAGACCUGUACCUCCACCACAGCCUGGCAUGGGUCUUCAUAUGUUUGGAAAUAGACCUCCUUUUCAUGAAGCCCCAUCAACAGUUUCUGCUUCAAAUCCACCACCUAUGAAAGACAUGCAUAACAUUAAAAAUAGGGAUCCAGGCAUAUUAGAAAGAAAAGCAGGAGAAAUGGACAUACUGGGUAACCGAAAUGCUUCGCCUGGACAUCAUGAUAAAAUGAUGCAAGACAUGGUAAUGAGUAUAGAUGAUGAAUCUUCCAUGGAUCAAGAUUUCCCCCGAAGUGAUAUGUCUAUGGGACCAAGAUUUCAGAGCCCAGUAGAAUUCCCAAGAAUGCCUAUGAAUAUGCAUCGAAUGAGAGGACCUCCGGGACCAAUGCAAGGUCCUAGAUUUCCAAGAGGUAUGCAUAUGGGUGCUCCCUUUCCUAUGAGAAUGGGUGGACCAAGAGGCCUUGGUCCUAAUAUGCAUCCAAGGAUGGAGAUGGAAUUUCAAAUGCAUCAUGGUCCACGUGGUCCUAGAAUUCCUGGUGGCCCUCACAGAGGUGAUAAUAUGCAUCCUUCUCAUGAUGGCCGUGAUUGGUAUCCUCGGGAUUUUGAUGGCCCACCUUUUGAGAGGGAUAGAGAGAGAAGGUAUCAUGAUGAUUGGAAACGAGAAUCCUGGAUAACAUCAGAUGAUUUAGAAUCAGACGGCCGGCGUAUGACUCGAGAGAGAGAUGAGGGAAGGCGGGAAGAUAGAGAUCGUUGGAAUCGGGAUCAGCGUGGUCAUUCAGAUCGAUCUUUCAAAGAUGAGUCUCGGGAUAUGCCUUUGCAGCCAGGUUUUGACAAGAAUGAUUAUUCUGAAAAACCAAAGCCAAAGCCUCGAAACAACAAUAAAAACUUGAUGGAUGAUAUGCAGAAGUUAAAAUGUUAUCAAAGAGAUAAAAAAAUUGAUAUACCACAGUACAGCCGAAAACAAGGGAAAGGUGAAAAUGUGGAUGAGAAACAAACACAAAAAAGUGAUUUUGAGAAUAAGGAAAGUGAAAAACCCAAACCAGAAAACCAAGUUGAUUCUAGUGGUGAAAAGUCUUGUGAUAAUAUUAAUGAGUCGGUAAAUGAUGUCUACCAAGAACAUAAUUCAUCUGUUUCUAAAAAAGAGAGGGACAGAGAGUCUCGAAAACGCUCAAGGUGGGGACGCACACUUUCUGAAGAGAGAGAAUUUCAACAACAGAAGCGCAAUGAAAUAGAAAUGAAAUUCCAGAGUUAUGAACAGUCACAUGCUGCCCAGCAGCCUAUAUCUAAUGUACAAGAAAAUCAAGAAAAUACUCAAACAAACAUACUUGAUAAUGUCCCUAUUGAAGCUAAUACUUCAAUAGAAAUGGAAACUUCUGAAACUAAACCAGGAGAAUCAAUACCAGAAACAGAAUGUGAUAUACAGAAAAGUACUCCAAGUGUAUUAGACAAUUUAAAUGAAAAUUCGGUUUCAGCUAAUCCUGUAGUAACUGAAAAUUUAGUGACUGAAAAUCAUACUGAGGAUUGUGCAUCUGUAUGUGAAGAGAAUUUAAACAGUGUACAGAAUUUUACAUCCACAGGUAGCGAAAUUGUAAGUGACGUAAAUGAUUCUGCACCUGUGUAUAGUGAAAGUUCACAGAAUGUCAAAGAUUCCACACCUGUUUGCAGCGAAAAUUUAAAUGAUCUCAGUGAUGAUAGUGGUGCUUUAUGUAAUAAUGCGUGUGAAACAAAUGAAACAGCUGAUAUUACAAGUGACAGUACAGCUCUUACAUCAGCUGAAAGUUAAGAAAUAGCUAUAUAUUUUAAUCAUACUGCAAUUCAUUUCUGCAUCUUAAAAAUGUUAAAAGCUCAGCUGCAUGACAAUUUUUGUCUAAUGAAUUUAUGCUCUAGGCAUUUUAACUUUUCAUCAAGGCAAAUAUGAAUUAUGAGGCCAUAUUAUUGUUGGCUAUUGUUAUAUAUGACUUUAUAACAAAAUAUUUCGAAACUUGUACAAAUGUUCUAGAUAUAAAUUAUCUAUUCUAUUUUCUUCUAAUUUUAUUUUUAGGUCAAAUAAAUUGAAAUUAUGUUGUUAUUGUUUUAAUUAUGCAGUUUUUUUCCUGAGUGAAACUUUAUUACAAUUUGCUUGAAAGCAAAUACUAUGUGUAUAAAAUUUUAUGUUGAAAUGUACCUAAAAAUGCAGUUUGCUUCCAAGUUCUCGAGCUGUUAUUUUGCGUAAUGUUUAAUAAUAAAAAGGAUGGCACAUCACCAAAAAUUAAUGGUAAGUGCUUCUCAAAUAAAAACCAAAUAAGAACAAACCAAAUGUUACGGAAGAAAGAUGGACAAGCUUCUCCAUGGACUUCCUGGCCAACUUGCAUUCAAUUGGAUGUAAGUUAUAAGGUACUGUUCAAUUUUUCUUUCUUUCCUUGGAUGCCUAAUGCCACUGGCCUAUCAAGAAAGACUUCUAGCUAAGUGAUUCAUAAAGUUUGGAUUUGAACAUUACACAUCAUGCAGUGGAACUAAUUAUGAUCAUCAUCUGGAAUUGUUAUAGUUGCUUUGUACUUGUAGCAGAAAAUAUAUGUCAUUAUUGUAGAUUUAAAAAUAAUUAUGCAUAUAAUGAAGACAUAUAUGCUAUUUAAUGGAAUAUUUUGGAAUUAAGAAAGUCUCAUGUAUACUUCAACGUAAGUAGAGUUGUUUUUAAUUGCAGUUAGUGAAAAAUGAAUUGGCAUUAAAAUACUGCAUUUAGCAUAUUUGAUAUUAUCUUCAAGAAUAUAAGGAAUAAAUUUUGUUACCAUAAAAAUGCUGAAGAUAUGAUAUUCAGUGACUAAAAUUCUGCAUCACAAUGAAAAUAUAUGUAAUGGGAAUGAUUCAUUUGACUGUAGAAGACUUAAACACAAAAUUAUCCCCCUUUCCUCCCAUGUGAUUCUUUAAAAAAAUAAUUUUAAAUGAUGAAUGAAUGAACUAUUUAUUUAAACGAAGUGUACAAACAUGUUAAAACAUGUAUAUGACUAUUUGUUCUAAUUAUGUUUAGCAAAUGUUUUUCUUUUUUUUAAAUAUAAAGUUAUCAAAAAGGCCGUGGCAUUAGGCACUUUGUUUAUUUAAUUUUGUGACUGCAAAUUGUAGUUGUGGUUCUGAAACUUCUUUUAAAAUGCAGGUCAGAUGUGUUUAAAUGUUAUUUCGUAAUGCUCUGGCAUUACAGACUAAUGUACUUAUUACCUUAAAUGAAGAAUAGUUAUUUUUUAUUUUUCAACAUAGCAUAGAUAACAUAAAUGGUUUCAGAACUGCUGCUUGAAAUGUUAUGACAGCUGAUUAUGAAUUUGUAAACAAUUCUGGAAAUGUAAAAAUGUGUUAGCUAUUUCCACAGCUUAAAAGUAAUUUGUCUUUUAACUCUGUAAUUAAACUUUAGCUUGAUUUGGC